AAUCAAAGACUUGCUGAUGAUGGGGAGAAAGAUUUGAGCAGGCAUCUGGGUAACAGCUGCUCAGAGGAGACACAUUGAGUGAGAAGCAAGAGACUCAUCUCCUAGGGAGAGCUUCUCCCCAGGAUGUGCCCAGCCAGGGCAAUGUGGCUUUGGGCUCUGCUGAGCAUGACAGUGGCUGUCAGCACGGAGCCUGGGUUCUUAGCCUGCAAAAGGGCCCUGAAUGUGAGUGUGUUGGAGGUGCUGCCAGGUGGGGGCUGGGACAACCUGCAGAAUGUGGAGAUGGGCAGGGUGCUAGACCUUACAUACACCCAGUGCCGGACCACCGAGGACAGCGAGUACCUCAUUCCUGAUGGGGUGGAUGUGAUACCAUUGCGGGAGAGUGCUGUGGAAGUGCAUUCAGAGCUGAUCGAGAAUUGGCUCUCCUACACUGAUGCCUUUGCUGGCUCCAUCAAUGCCGAGGCCUCAUUUCUGGGCAUUCUCAAUGGCAGGUUCUCUGACAGCAACCAACAGACCAAGACCCAUAAUGUCUACGAUCAGACAGUCACCACCCGUGUGCAGGUGAGGCACCACAUCUACUCAGUGCAGGCCCAGCCUCCUUUUGCCCUGCACCCUGCUCUCCGCAGCCAGCUCGUGGACAUUGGCAACCUGCUGGAGAACAACCGGAGCCGGGCAGCUCAAUACCUAGCAGAGCUGCUGGUGCUCCGCUAUGGUACCCAUGUCCUGACCAGGCUGGAGGCUGGAGCCAGCUUGAUCCAGGAGGACCAAGUCAAACGGACCUUUGUCCUGGACAAAGUAGCCCAGAAGUCAGCUGUCACUGCCUCGGCCUCAGUCACCUUUUUCAGCAAGGUCAAUGUGGGCAUCGGAGCCUCUGCACAGGUGCAGGAUGAGCUGACAAAGGACUAUAUGGAGAACACAGUGGACUCCCGGGUUGCAAGUCAUGGUAGUGUGCCCUUCUACCCGGGCAUCACCCUUCAGAAGUGGCAGGAGGGGAUUCCUAACCACCUGGUGGCCAUUGGCCGGCGUGGCUUGCCCCUGUCCUUUUUCCUCACGCCUGAAGCUCUGCCUGAGCAGCCAGUGCCCACAGCCACAGUGGAGCGUGCUAUCCGUCUCUACUAUGCCAUCAACACUCACCCAGGUUGCGUGAACACCGACUCCAGCAACUUUGACUUCCAAGCCAAUGUGGAUGACGGGUCAUGCCAUGCAGCCAGCACCAACUUCACUUUCGGGGGCAUUUUCCAGGAGUGUGUGGGUGUGUCGGGUGAGGACGUGGAGGCACUGUGCCAGCCCUACCAUACACGUAACCCACUGACAGGCAGCUUCUCUUGCCCAGCUGGCUUUGGGUCUGUCCCACUACAUGCAGAAGAGCGCACAGCCAGCCAGCCCCGGACUGAGUGCAGGGAGCAGUGCUACACCUGCUGGCUGUUCUUCACCUGCUGCCAGAAGGUCUGUGGCGUCCGCUACUACACCACUACUGUUCGGUUCACAGCUAGCUGGUGUGCUGCCAGCAGCUCCGUGCCCCAGGGCUCAGGCUUCCUAUUUGGUGGGCUGUACAGCCCUGGGCAGGAGAACCCUAUCAUGGGGGCCCCUGCCUGCCCUGCCAACUUCUACCCACUGCAGCUCUUUGAGGGCCUGAAGGUGUGUGUAAGCAAUGACUAUGAGAUGGCAACCCCCUUUGCCGUGCCCUUUGGAGGCUUCUUUAGCUGCCAGGCUGGCAACCCCUUGGCUGGGCUCCGUCAGGGGCAGAGCCCAGGGCUCCUGCAGGAUUUCUUCUACCAGGAGGCCCCCACCGACUACCCCAUGAAGUGUCCCAAGGGGUACAGCCAACACAAGGCCUACCUCAGCGACGGCUGCCAGGUCAUGUAUUGCCUACAGGCUGGGGCGCUCUUUGCCAAGCAGCUGGCCCCCAUCAAGCUGCCCCCCUUCCUGCGCCCGCCGCCUCCCAACAUCAGUCUGGUAGAGACUAUCCUGGUGCAGCUGAACAGCAGCCAAGCCUGGGUCAAGCUGCAGGGCAGCAGGCAUUGGCGGCCAGCUAACACCACCGAUGAGCAGGAAAUGAUUCAACUCUUUGAGGCACAGUCCAGCUCAAGACUCUCAGGGGGUGCUGUGGCUGGCAUCGUGGUGGCUAUGAUCAUGGUGCUGGCAGCUGUCAUUGGGGUCAUCUAUGGCACCCGGAGAUACAAGAGCAGGGGGUAUCAGGAGUUGCGAUCCAGCUGUUCAGCACAGGAGUCAGGAAGAUAUGAAUCUACUGCUGUGGCAGCUCCCCAGAUCAGCUCAGCUUGAACCCCCUGUCACCAUCCUUGGACUCAGUCUCCUGGGGCUGGGGCUGGGUCGAGGCAGCUGAUGGUCCACAGGCAAGGGGCUGGGGCAGGGGGAGGGGCAUGGUAGAGCUGGGGGAGAAGCAGGGAUUAAUUGCAAUUUCUAAGAAUUAGUGUGACAAGUCAGGCUGGGGCAGUACUUUAGUCCCUUGGGGAAGGUGGUUGCACCUUUAGGAGACAAUCUGUCUGUUUAUCACUGCUGUAGCAAUACUCCUAGUGAUAGCAACCUAUAGGUUCCUGCAAAGUGGAAUACCAGCAGUAGUAGGGAUGAUUUUGAGGGUGAAACCAGAAAGCUCAAUGUGCUUGGAGAAUUUUGCAAUAGCUCUGAGCGCAUACUGCAUCACAGGGCUGCAAACAGCAGUACUGAGCAUACUGCUUUUGUAAUAAAGAUGGAAGUUCUGCAAUCCAAGUGGAGCCCCUUUAUUAUUGCACAUAGCUCUGUGCAUGAAGCACUAGCAAUCAGCCAGGUGUUCCUGGUAUGGCCCCAACAAGGCGAUGCUGCAUUCACCAAGGGAAACAAAGGAGAGCGGUUGUCUGGCAGUGACAACAUCCAUACCUGGACUGGAAGUGUCCGUGUGCCCGUAUGGAACAUGGGAUUGCCAAGCCCACAGGGAGAGGAGAGGCAGGCGACUGUCACAGAGAAUGGUGAGGUUGGCUUUGAAAUCAAGAUCAACCAAGGAAUGCAGUUUGCAGUCUCCCCCCCCGGCCUCUCACCCACUGUGCGCCACAUUUUGCUUUCUGGUAUAUAUUAGGGGUCAUGAUUUCAAGAGGUUCUCUGCAGCCUGGUGGGGUGAAAUUUAAAAAUAUAUAUAUUAAAAAAAAGGAAGUUGUGGAAAUGAGCAGGGCAUCAGGUGACUGCAGGUCCCUUUUACACAGUUUGUGGAGGGGAGCUCUGUGGAACAGGAUGUGUGGUUGCAGGGGUAAAGAAGGAGGAAUUGGUUACCUGUUGGAGAUCUAUGUCCCCAAAUUGAAGGGUAAGAUCCCAUAGCAUAGACAGACAAACAACUGUUGGCAGGGUGGGGACAGGGGAAGGGAAGGAAUGUACAUAAGGUUUGGGAGCUUAAGGACACCAAGAUGCUUGCUGAUGGGAGCAAGACAGGGUCAGGGGCUGUCAGCAGAGAUGAGCCAGCAGGUUGGAGCAGGUGCAACAUGGGGAGAGGGCUCUAAGGGCCAGGGUGGGAUUUGAUGAAGGCAGGGGGUUUAUGGAGGGCUGGGGCAGGCAGGUUAGAGAAGUCGCUCCAUACUAAGGGCUAAUGGCCCCAGGAGACACCAGCUGGGCCCCAGCCAUAUCUAGUAUGUUCUGUUCUGGGGAAUGGAUUUCAAGGGGCUGGGGAGACAGAGAGACAGCCAGACAGAUUCUGGGAUGAAAGAGCAGUCCCAAGCCCAACAGGUUAAAUGGAAAUCACUUCACGCUUGCUCCCCCCUCCCCGCAAUGAGUGUUAUUGUGGACGGAAUGUAAACCCCAUCAAUAGGUCAAACAAAGCUGAAACAGCUGAAUAGCUAAAUGCUCCUAACACACGAUCGUAUCCCAGUAAACCCAUAGCCUUACCUUGCUGCUUGGAGCCAGAGCUGGGGCAGUGGUUAUGGAGAGAAUCCCACAUCUUAUGGGCUAGUCAAGGAAGCCACAAGGCAGAAGGGUUGAGUGGGCAGUGCCCAGAGAAGCAUGGGCAUGAAGCAGCAGCCCCAGAUGCUGACUUGAGAGGUGGGAGCAGAGCAGAAAAAUAAUAGCCUUUCCUUUCAUCACACAAUCCUGCUCCAUAGCCAUAGCUGAAGCUGGAAAUCACCACUACCCCCAUGCAUCCUGCUGCUCCUGGGGCCUGGCUGCCUUGUUACGACUCUGUGGCCAUGUCUCUGUUCCAAGUCGUGACUCACUGAGCAGCCUCAGGGCCAGUCAGUGACACUCUUCUCCUCCCACCUCACAAUUCCUCACUUUCAACCUGGGAAAGGAGUAAUAUCCUCUCCCUGGACAGUGCAGCGGAGGUGGGGGGAGAAGGUAAAGCAAGUUCACUCCAUGUGAAGACCGCAACCCUAUUGCAAUGGCCGUGGCAUUCCCCUCUGCACCUGCACACAAGAGAGAUCACAUACGUAGCUCAGUGCCCCCUAUGACCCAUAUGGGCAGGGUGGGGAGUGGAGGGUCUUGACUGUUUCAAACUACAAGGAAAAACCCCAGCUAGCAGCAGACCCACUAGUAGCACAGGGUUUAGGUGGCUUCUGCAGCCUGUGCUGAGCAACCUGCUGCUGCCCAGAUAGGCUGCUAUAGCCUUGGACAGUAUAAACCUGUAGCUAAGACAGGACUAUUGCUGCCCUCUAGAGGUGUUAAGCGGAACAGGCCACCCCUAUUUCCCCAGCCUCCUCAAAUCAAGCCAGCACACCGUGUUUGAAACACACUCUCCUUUAUUCUCUCUUAAACAGCUCAAACCACUUCUCAUCCCCACAUUUCUGGACAUUUAAAAUCUUGCUAGGUUCUAAAUAUUCUCAUUAUCCAAAAAUAUUUUCUAUGAGAAACUUUUCUAUGAGGGGAGGAUUUUUUUGUAAUAUCUUCUAUUGGACCAACUGUAUGGGUUGGAGAACCGUGGAAGGGCACUUUGUGCCCAAAAGCUUGUCUGGAAGCUCUCCCUGCUAUACAGUUGGUUCAAUAAAAGGUAUCACAAAGAACCCUCAACUCAUGCACAUUUUUUCUGGAUCAUCACAGCUACAGCGACACUCUGACCCUGCUACAAACUUUUCUUCGGGGAUUGAAAAAGUAAUCAUCUUAUUCCAGUGCAGUUUUCUUCACAGUGCAUUCUGCUACUCUCCUGGAAAACCAAGAGUAUCUUCUCAUGCUAAAAACAGCCACUAACUUUAACCUAUGGGAGAACUCGAGAUCACAAUGGAAAACCCAGAUGGCAAAAUUAGAGAUCACAAAGUUUUAUGGGACUCCAAGAAUCCCUGUUAGUACCGUUAGAGAUUAAAUUCUGUCCGGUUUUUCAAAAGCAAAAAUCGCAAAACCUGUCAGACCCAAAAUGUUUCAAAGCUAAAAUGACUUCUGUUAGAACUGUUUAUCCAAAUGUAUAAGAGCUACAUUAGAGGAACUGUGUUUAAAAGUGACUUGCAAAGGCAAGAAGGAAAUCAGAUAUUCUACUCCUUCAUAAAAAUCCUAAUUAUAUACUAAAAAUUAAUAAAAAG